GAGAUCCACUUGGCAACAGCGUCUACGAUCGAUACCCAUUCACCAGUAGUAAAUCACACGUCGUAAUAAAGCAUGAUUUCAUAAAAAAUCGCUCAGUAAGUGUCGCGAUUUAUGUACCCAGAUCCGUGUCGAUCUGAUUACCGAAAUCAUUUGUCUGGCGAAAUACUAUAUGGAGGGAGCGUUUCCCUGUCCGUUCGAUUGGACUAAUUAACUCAAAGCCGAAAGAAAUCAACAGGAAUUUCGUUUGAUUGCGUUAAUCUUCAGCUCCAAGGUUCAUUGUCGAGCCCAGGAAUCAUUGUUUAUUAUUGGUUCUAUAUACAUACAUAGACGCAUUCAAUGACACAGCCCUGGAUAUUCAAACAUAUGUAUGUGUAGGGUCAAUACACCACCAAUCAGAUUUAAGCAAAGGUUUAACUUGCUAAAAAUAUAUGAAACAGCUUUGUCGCAAUUCGAGUAAUUGAAUCAAUAACGAUUCCGAUGAUGUGAUUAGCCUAAUCAGCGCUGCAUUGUUUGUUUGUUUAGUAUACUUCAAACUAGGUCUUCAAAUAUAUACAAAUCAAGAUGGACCCAUCGAUCGGUUAAUCGCCUUCCAGCCGAGCAACUUUUCCCGUGCCUAAGGUUAGUCAUUUAGAUACUUUAGUUUCUGAAUUUCCACUUAGACUACGCAUCAAUACAACAUGCUCGUUCCGAAAUUCCCCUUUACUAGUUUACUUACUUACUUGAUUAGUUGUGAAUGGAUUACAGUGCGGAUUAGUUUGAGGAAAUUGAUUUCGUUUACACUCUAUCAAAGGUUAUCGUUUGGGAUCAGGGUUGGCCUAAAGGGUGAGAUUUGCUGAACUUCUAGACGGGCCUUUCGAAAAUCCCCAUGCAUUCCGUCUUGCACUCAUGUUCAGCAAUAUAUUGGUGGUGACACUACUCGUACUCAGUUCGGAUGUCGAAGCACGACCCUCCUCCUCGGGUGUUGGUGGUGAGGCGAACGUGGAUCCCAGCGAAUACCACGGCAAUCUGUCGGUGGAAACGGUGCUAAAAGUGCAGCAGUGCGAGAAGGACACCAACACGAUGGAGCUGUGCAUGCGGUGCGCCAAGGUGACCAAGUCGGAAUUCGUCUAUCCCAUGUGCUGCGGCAACGAAGAUGGCAUCAAGGACUGGUGCCGGGAGUAUGUGUACUUCGGCAACGAGUAGAGCCGGAAUGGGGGUCAGGAGGCGAUGGAUGCUGUGUAAAUUGGUUCGCGCUCCUGCAUGGAUUGGCUGUGAUAAACCCACUGUAUUUAUUUAAAUUAUAUUUAGGAAUAAACAAGGCUAAAUUAGCGU